AUGUCACGUGUCGAGGAAGCUGCCAAACUGGCAAACAUUCACAACUUCAUCUCAGAACUUCCCGAAGGAUACGAGACCCGUGUCGGUGAUCGUGGUACUCAAUUAUCUGGAGGACAGAAACAACGUAUUGCCAUUGCUCGUGCUCUUGUAAGAAAUCCAAAGAUUCUUCUUCUGGAUGAAGCCACGUCAGCACUGGAUACAGAAUCCGAGAAAAUUGUACAAGAGGCUCUGGAUCGGGCGAGAGAAGGAAGAACGUGCAUUGUGAUUGCUCAUCGUCUGAACACAAUUAUGAAUGCGGAUUGUAUUGCUGUAGUGAACAAUGGAACGAUUAUUGAACAAGGUAAUUUACUUUCCAUGUUUCCUCUAAUUAACUAUUUCUAUUUCAGGAACCCAUUCUGUAUUGAUGUCUCAACAGGGUGCUUAUUACAAGCUGACACAAAAGCAGAUGAGCGAAAAGAAAUGAUAUUACUCUUGUCCGAAAUCAAUGCACGUUGCGGCCGAGAAAACAAUGCUGGGCGGAGCUUAGCUCCCACAGAGAGAACCUUACUGUUUUUUUUAAAUUAUUGCCCGCGCCUCUACUACAGUACCUCACCAUUUAUACAAUUUUCUCCGAGUUCUCGCAUUUUUUCGCUUGUUGCGCAUGCAUCAAUUUGUUUUUUCGCUGUGCGACCGACGAUGCGAUUUUGA